AUGCUUUCCGAAGCGCUCGGGGCAGAAACUGUUGGAGGUGCGCUUCGUUCGGGUUUUGUUUCGCUCUCGGUGCCCUCGGGGAAUGCUGGCUGCCUGACUGUGCCUGUGCCGCCAACGCCGCGCCCAGGACGCGAAUGAAGAAACUUCUUCUCUUGCUCUUCAACUAUCGGGGACUCGCGAGAGGGGGGGGACGCAAGGGAAAACGCCGCCGAAAAUGGCCUGCUUCCAUAUCCGAGCCGCGCGGCCCGAGGACUGCGCCGAUAUUCUGCGCCUCAUAAAGGAGCUUGCUAAAUACGAAGAUAUGGAGGAUCAAGUAGUACUGACUGAAAAAGAUCUACUUGAGGAUGGUUUUGGAGAACAUCCUUUCUACCACUGCCUCGUUGCAGAAGUGCCAAAAGAACACUGGACACCUGAAGGCUAUGGUAUUGUGGGCUUUGCCAUGUAUUAUUUCACUUAUGAUCCAUGGAUUGGAAAAUUGCUGUAUCUCGAAGAUUUCUUUGUGAUGAAUGAAUUCAGAGGCUCGGGCAUUGGUUCAGAAAUUCUGAGGAAUCUGAGUCAGAUUGCUGUCAAAUGCCGUUGCAGCAGUAUGCACUUCUUAGUAGCAGAAUGGAAUGAACCUUCCAUUCGAUUUUACAAAAGACGGGGAGCUUCUGAUCUGUCAUCUGAGGAAGGAUGGAGACUCUUCAAAAUAGACAAGGAGUAUUUGAUGAAGAUGGCAACUGAAGAAUGAGGAGUUUUGUCAACCCAAUAACAAAUUAAAUUUGCCAUUUGUCAUUUUGCUAUUCCUGUCUUACUUUUCUUUCAUUUUUAAAUUGAAAUAGUUAAUGUGUAUCCUAAUCCUAAAGCUCUAAUACCAGUGGUGUAGAUGUUAUUGCGUUGUGGACUU